CUCCGCACCUCUCUCCCCUCCCUCUAUACCUUUCCAUUCCCUCUCUCCCCUCCCGAUCCCUCGAUCUCCCAUCCCCACCCCAUCUCUCUUCCCUCCGCUCCCUCUCCCUGUCCCUCUCCCGCUCUACUCCCUCCAUCUCCCUGCCCUCCCUCCUCCUCCUCCCCCUCCCCUCCCUCCUCCUCCUCCUCCCUCCCUCCCGGCCUCUCCCCGCUCCGAACGCCAUGAACGUGUUCAGGUUUCUGGGAGACCUCUCGCAUCUGCUCGCUAUUGUCCUGCUGCUGCUGAAGGUUUGGAGGAGCCGGUCGUGUGCAGGAAUCUCGGGGAAAAGCCAAUUCCUCUUUGCUGCUGUCUUCACCAGCCGCUACCUAGACCUGUUCACCAACUUCAUCUCCUUCUACAACACAUGCAUGAAGCAAAUACAGGCCCAGAGCAAUCAAAUGUUCUUCAUUUGAGAAUCUGUUGAAUCUUGGAACCAUAUUUGUGAACUUUUGAACUUUGCCCAGUUUCGCCACAUCCUUUCAGAGAAAGGGAGCCGAGACCUGCUGACAGUACUCCAAGCGUUUCCACAUCACAUCCUUGCUUUUAUAUUCUAGAUCUCUUGAAAUGAAUGCUAGUUUUGCAUUUGCCUUCCUGAUCACAAAAUCAACCUGCAUAUUAACGUUGAGAAUCCUGCACAAGGACUUUUAAGUCCGCAUGUUUCUGGUUUCUUUUUGAUUUUUUCUCUCCAUUUAGAAAAUAGUCAAGCAUUUCAUUAAUUCCACCAAAGUGCAUCAGCAUACAAUUCCCAGCGCUGUAUUCCAUCUGCUAUUCCUUUGCCCAUUCUCCUAAUCUAAGUCCUUAUGUAGCGUCUACAGUUCCUCAAAGCAGCCUGCCCCUCCACCUAUGAUCAUAUUGCCUGAACACUUUGUAACAAAGCCAUCAACUCCAACACACAAAUCAUUGACAUAUAAUGUAAAACGAAGUGGUCCCAACACAGACCCCUGUGGAACACCACAAGGCCCCGGCAGCCUUUAUUCCCAUUCUUCGUCUCCUGACAAUCCGCAAAUGCUUUAUACAGCCGAAGGGUUUCGGCCCAAAACAUUGACUGUACUUUUUCCCAGAGAUGAUGCCGGGCCUGCUGGGUUUCACCGGCAUUUUGUGUGUGUUGCUUGGAUUUCCAGCAUCUGCAGAUUUUCUCUUGCUAAUGCUCUAUCCAUGCUGGAACUUUUCCUGUAAUACCAUGGACCCAUAGCUUGUUAAGCAGCCUCAUGUGUAACACUUCAUCAAAGGCCUUCUCAAAAUCCAAGUGCACAACAUCAACCCCCCGAUUCUCCUUUGUCUAUUCUACUUGUUACUACUUCAAAGAAUUCCAACAGAUUUGUCAGUCACAAUUUCCCCUUGAGGAAACCAUACUGACUGCGGCCUGUUUUACCGUGUGCCUCCAAGUCACCUGAGACCUCAUCCUGAAUAUUCACCUCCAACAACUGGCCUAUCGUUUCACUAUAGUUUCUGCUUCUCCCUUCUUGAAGAUGGAGUGACAUUUGCAAAUUUUCAGUCUUCCAUAUGGGAUCCAAGUGGACAUUGUUUUGUGGAUCCAGAACUGGCUUGCCCACAGAAGGCAAAGAGUGGUUGUAGAUGGGUCAUAGUCUACAUGGAGGUCCGUCACCAGUGCUCAGGGAUCUGUUCUGGGACCCUCACUCAACCUUUUCUCCUUGGAGCCGCAGAGGAUGAGAGGGAAACACGAGGAAAACUGCAGAUGCUGGACAUUCGGGCCGAGACCCUUCGUCAGGACAGACAACACACACAAAAUGCUGGUGGAACACAGCAGGCCAGGCAGCAUCUAUAGGGAGAAGCCCUGUCGACGUUUCGGGCCGAGACCCUUCGUCAGGACAGACAACACACACAAAAUGCUGUUGGAACACAGCAGGCCAGGCAGCAUCUAUAGGGAGAAGCACUGUCGAUGUUUCGGGCCGAGACCCUUCGUCAAAACUGAAAGAAAAGGUAGUAAGAGAUUUGAAAGUAAGAGUGGGGAGAUCCUGCUUUCUCCCUUGUUCAUUCGUGUCCCCCCCAUCCCUUCCUACCGAUCUUCCUGACAUUUAUCCUUGUAAGCCGAACAAAUGCUACACCUGCCCUUGCACUUCCUCCCUCACCACCAUUCAGGGCCCCAGACAGUCCUUCCAGGUGAGGCGACACUUCACCUGUGAGUCAGCUGGUGUGGUAAACUGCGUGCGGUGCUCCCGGUGUGGCCUUUUAUAUAUUGGUGAGACCCGACGCAGACUGGGAGACCAUUUCGCUGAACACCUACACUCGGUCCACCAGAGAAAGCAGGAUCUCCCAGUGGCCACACAUUUUAAUUCCACGUCCCAUUCCCAUUCUGAUAUGUCUAUCCACGGCCUCCUCUACUGUCAAGAUGAAGCCACACUCAGGUUGGAGGAACAACACCUUAUAUACCAGCUGGGUAGCCUCCAACCUGAUGGCAUGAACAUUGACUUCUCUAACUUCUGUUAAUGCCCCUCCUCCCCUUCUUACCCCAUCCCUGAUAUAUUUAGUUUCCCCCCUCCCAUUUUUUUCUCUCUCUUUGCCCAUCACUCUGCCUGUUCUCCAUCUCCCUCUGGUGCUCCCCUCUCCCUUUCUUUCUCCCGAGGCCUCCCGUCCCAUGAUCCUUUCCCUUCUCCAGCUCUGUAUCCCUUUUGCCAUUCACCUUUCCGGCUCUUAGCUUCACCCCACCCCCUCCGGGCUUCUCCUAUCAU